AUGCUCAUAUCACUGAAGAAGGUGCUGGAGUCUAUCAAGGACCUGGUGAACGACGCCAACUUCGACUACUCUUCCUCCGACUUCUCCCUUCAGGCCAUGGACUCCAGCCACGUGGCACUCAUUGCCCUCCUUCUCAGAUCUGAUGGCUUCGAGCACUACCGAUGCGACCGCAACAUCUCCAUGGGUAUGAACCUCGGCAACAUGUCCAAGAUGCUCAGGUGCGCCGAAAAUGAUGACAUCAUCACCAUCAAGGCUGACGACGGCAGCGAUACCGUCACCUUCAUGUUCGAAAGCCCCAAUUUGAUGUUUCCUGUUUCGAAACUCAUGCUCUGCGGAUUUUGA